AUGUCAACCCCGGACUCAGAAGCGUCCGGGAGCCCUCCAUCGGAAACACAAUCAACAGCACCAACGCAGAGCAAAAAGAAGCAGAAACCAUCCAAAGCCCGCCUCACAUCAGAACAAAAGAACACCAACCACCGCGACGCUGAGAACAAGCGCCGAGAAGGCAUCCACAUUCAACAAGAAGCACUCUCGAAACUUAUUCCUGGAGCCGAGAACGACGCCAAAAGCGAGGAGCGGCUACUCACCAAGACGGCCGAUUACCUCGAGGAAUCAUACCUGGACAUCCGGAGAAUGAUUGCUGAGUGCGAUGCCAAAGGUAUCCCUGUGCCGGACGAGAUCCGACAUUUUCUCAAAGACGACGAUUUUGGUGGUCCCAAUUGGAAAACGCCAAAUAUGGAUGCAUAUGAGGCCAAAAAGCAAAAAGCGGAAGCGAAGAAGGUGAAGCCAAACGGGAGGAGCGUUGACAAAAGCGCCUCACCAGACGAUGAUUGA